UUGGAAUAAAUUUUAAUAUAAAUUAAUCACCAUAAAUUAUACAAAAUUUAGUAUAAAUUCAAAGGCUAUUAAGAUUAGUUCUAUAUUAUAAUAGUGAUAAUAAAUUAAUAAUUUAAAGCGUAAAAGUGAUUACAAAGCAUUUAAUUGCGCUACAAUGUUGCGUUGUAUUGGAUUAUUUUUUUUUUUACAAAUUUCAAUUUUUAUUAACGUAAUAUUAGCUGGGGUUUAUCCAAAUUUUCGAUAUGAAUAUCAAUCAUUAAAUAACAAAGUGAAUUUAAUUGAAAGAAAUAAUGAUUGGUGGAAAAACGCAAAUUUUUAUCAAAUUUAUCCAAGAUCAUUUAAAGAUAGUAAUGGUACUGGUAUUGGUGAUUUAAAAGGAAUCACAUCAAAAUUGCCAUAUUUAAAAGAAAUUGGUGUAACGGCAACAUGGCUUUCACCAAUUUUUGAAUCACCGAUGGUUGAUUUUGGUUACGAUAUAUCUGAUUUUUAUAAAAUUGACGAACGUUUUGGUUCUAUGAAAGACUUUGAAGAAAUGGUUGCAGAAGCUAAACAUCUUGGAAUAAAAAUUAUUUUAGAUUUUGUGCCAAAUCAUUCAAGUGAUCAAUGUGAUUGGUUCAAUAAAUCUAUACAUAAAAUUGAACCUUAUACAAAUUAUUAUGUAUGGCAUAAGGGUAAAGAAGAUCCAAAAAACCCAGGACAACGAUUGCCACCUAGUAAUUGGAUCAGUGUAUUCAGAGGACCUGCAUGGACGUGGAAUAAAGAUCGUGAAGAAUUCUAUUUACAUCAGUUUACUGCCGGUCAACCAGAUUUUAAUUAUCAUAGCGAAGACUUGAAGAAUGAAAUGAAAAAAGUAUUAUUAUAUUGGUUAGAAAAAGGUGUAGAUGGUUUUAGAAUUGAUGCUGUACCACAUGUUUUUGAGUGCCCAACAGACGAAAAUGGGAAUUUUCAAGACGAACCAGUAAGAGAUGGUGCCACAGAUAAGGAUGAUUAUGGAUAUUUAAUACAUAAUUGUACUGUUGAUCAACCCGAAACUCUUGAUUUAGUAUAUGAAUGGAGAUCAGUAAUGGAUGAUUAUCAAGAAAAAACAAGAUCGGAGACUAAGGUUUUACUGACUGAGCAGUGGUCAAAUUUAACUGUAACAAUGAAAUAUUAUGGCAGCGAUGAAGGUAAAUUAGGAGCUCAUGUACCUUUUAACUUUUUUAUAAUUCAGAAUAUUAAUAAUGAAACAAAUGCUAAACAAUAUGCGGAAACAAUUAAUUUAUGGCUUGAUCAAAUGAACGACAAAAGAAUUCCAAAUUGGGUGCUUGGAAACCAUGAUAAAAAUCGUGUUGGAUCAAGAUUGGGUACAGAUCGCAUUGACAUGAUGAAUAUGAUGAUUAUGACCUUACCAGGAAUUGCAGUGACAUAUCAAGGUGAAGAAAUUGGCAUGACCGAUGUUUUUAUAUCAUGGGAGGAUACAAAAGAUCCCCAAGCUUGUAAUUCUAAUAAAGAAAAAUAUGCAACAUUAAGUCGAGAUCCAGAACGUACACCGUUUCAAUGGAAUAACCAAAAAAAUGCUGGAUUUUCUACAGCUGAUAAAACAUGGCUACCAAUGGCACCCGAUUACGAUAAAGUGAAUGUAAUGCGUGAAAGGUCAAUUGCAAGAAGUAAACUAAAUAUUUAUAAAGCAUUAAGAGCUCUAAGAAAUGAUCCAGUUUUUAAAGGCAAUUUCAAAGCAAGAGUUGUAGCAGUAAACAAUAAUGUUUUAGCUAUUUUGAGAUCUCAUAAAGGACAACAUUAUGUAACUGUAAUGAAUAUAAACGACAAUAUUGAAACUAUUAAUUUGCAAGCUUAUAUGCCAAUAAUUCCAACGAUUUUAGAAUAUGCUAUUGUUACAGACAGAUCACCGCACACAAUUGGUGACAAAGUUUCCUCAAGAGAAUUGUUGUUAUUACCGAAGGAAGCAGCUGUAUUAAGGUCCCCAAAUAGUGUAGGAACACUUGAUAAUUAUUAUAACUAUGUGGUCCAAAAUGAAACCGAAAAAUAAUGUACAAAUGUACUAUAUGAUGCACAGUAAAAUGAAAUAAAUUUAUAUAUUUAUUAGAAAUA